GUGAGAAGGAAGGAAGAGCCAGGUGUAGAAAUGAGGAGAAGUUCUUUGCUACUCAUCGCCGUCAUCGUCUGUUCCAUCGGGCUCGUUGAGGCAGAAAAGACUGACGGCCAAGAUGUGACCUUGCCCGCCUCAGAAAGCCCAGUCGCCACAGCAAGUGAACCCCUGGCGGACAGAACUGACUCCCCGGUGACGUCACAGAAUGACGUCAGAGACAGAAUCUCGAGCUUUCUGGAUAAGCUGAGAUCCCACCUGGAAGAUCUGAAGGAGAAAAUCGAAGAGAGGAGAGAGGAGAUCAGAAACAAGACGGACUCCCCUCGAGAUGUUUUUGAAGACAUCGUCGAUCGUUUGCAUGAAGCGAUUGGGUACAAUGCUUCCAAGAGUUUCCAGGAGAAUCUAGACGAUCUGAGAGACAGGAUUGGCGACAAUGUGGAGGAAGCGAGAGAAGAGAUCAGGAAGCAGAUUGAUGCUAUACGGCAGGCGCUAGAAGAUUUGAAGAACUCUCGAAAAGACUCGUCUUCGAAACGGGACGAAGACAAUAACGGCGAAGAAAAAGAUGAUGGGGAAGGAGAUGAAGCUGAUGAAGACGAUGAUGACACAAACGAUGAUGAUGAUGAUGACAAUGAUAAUGGCUUUCUGGGGCCUUCACAGAACGGUGAGGGGCCAAGAGAACGAAUUUCGAAAUUUCUGGACAAGUUCAGAACUCAUCUGAAGGAUUUGCGUGAGAAAGUAGAAGAGAGGAAAAACACAAUCAAAGACGACUUGCCAGACUCGCCACGCAAUGUCUUUGAAGAAAUAAUCGAUCGUUUGCAUGGAGCGAUUGGAUUCAACAAUUCUAAAUCUUUCGAGGAGAAUUUGGAUGAUUUGAGAGAGAAAAUUGGUGAUGAUAUAGAAGAGGCGAAAGAGACCAUCAGAAAACAGAUUGAUGCAAUAAGGAAGGCGCUGGAUGAUUUGAGAAAGAAAGAGAGCAAAGAUGAAAAGGACGACAACGAUGAAAAUGAUGAUAACAGUGGUAUUGAUUUAUUGCAGGCUUCGCAAAAUGAUGGGGGUCCCAGAAAUAUAAUUUCUAAAUUCAUUGAGAUGUUGAGGUCUAGUCUGGACAGCUUGAGGGAGGAAACAGAAGAAAGAAGAGAUGACGACGACAGUGAUAAGAACAUUUUUGAUCGUUUGCUUGAAGCAAUAGGGUUCGAUUCAUCUAAGAGUUUACAGGAGAAUUUGGACGACUUGAGAGACAGACUGGGGGAUAAUGUUGAGGAAGCGAGAAAGACGAUCAGAGAGCAGAUUGAUGCUAUACGGAAGGCACUUGACGAUUGGAAAGACAAUCAAGAUAAAGACAACAAUGAUGAUGAAGAAGAAGAAGACAGCAGCAGCAGCGAAGAAGAUGACAGGAAUCUGUUUUCAACGGAGAAAUUAGAAGCAGACUUUGUGAAGGCAGCCAAGGCACUCAACGAGUUUUCUGAUUCGAUGCGUGACAAAAAAGACGAUUCCGGAGUUUUAGAUUCCCGCAGCAUGGACCAAUACAAAGACCUGCUAAAAGACAUGUUGGAAAAGAAGAAAGCAAUGAUACAAGGCAAAAUUCGGGCCCGAGUAGCUGCAGAAGAAAGAACCCGCAACGUAUUUGAAAAAUCAAAGAAAUCUGACAAUGAAGAAGAUAAAAAGCCCUUGGAGUCAUCUGACAACGACGAGAACGAUGCCUUUGCCGCGAGGAAAGCCCAGCUGAAAUCUAUUUUGAAGGGAAGUGGUCCGGGAAAUCCCGCAGACGGACAGGGUGAUGAUGAUGAGUUGACCCUAGCGGUGAACGUGGCACUCUUGAAAGAGUAUGGACCCAGAAUCCAAGAAGUUGCCGAGAAGAAAAAGGAGUUUCUCAAGGCGGAGGAUGAGCUUAAUGAUCUAAGGAGUCAUUCUUCUGGUCCUUUCAAUCUGUCUAAGUUUAAAGAUAAACUCAAAGAGAUGCUGGAGAAAAAGAAAGAUUGGAUCUCCUCUAAGGAUGGACUGAAACUUGACAUUGUUGAGACCCUCAAGAAAUUAGCGCGUGACCUCAGGGCCAGAAACUCUACUGUCAACCCUUUCGAGUUUUUCGAUGUCCUGGAUGCUCUCAGAAGCAGCUCCAUGUCGCUCCCAGAUCUCCUCAAGAAGUACAACGACAAACUCAAAGAAGCCGCUGAAUGGAAGCGAAACUCGGGGUCCGAUUCACAGUCCGGGAAUUUCCUGAAAUCCGCCCUUCCUUCCGGGGACGCCGCUCAGUCCGAUGAAGACAACUCCGGAAAAGCCCGAAAGUCCAUGGACGACAGUAUCAACAUGGCGGCUGCUCUCGGUGAUGGAGGCGAUAGUAAAGACUUCUCGGGGACCACGGCACUUAUUGUGGUGGGGUGUGUGGCGGUGGCAGCCACGGUGGUUGUGGUGGGCGUGGUGGUUGGGCGUCAGAGGCGACGUCAUCGUCUGUACAAGCGAAUCCCCAUCAAACAGGAGCAGAACCUGAAGGAGCAUAGCAACCGAUACGGGAGUGGAUCUGAGAGGCCACUCGUUUGAUUUCCUGAACAGAGAGAUCUUAUCCCACCUCACUGGCUAAUAGGAGUGGUUUGUUUGUGGAAAAAUAACACAGUCAAACAGUUAUAAAUUUGAAAACGUUAUGCUUUAAAGUCUGAAACCUCAUAUUAUCUUCCAAAGUAUAUAAUGCUUUUUCCCCUAUUCAUUUUUAAAGGACGGUGUAUUUGUCUAUCUUUUCCGACUAAGAGAGAUGUUCAACUUUCUCAGAGUAUAAUAAAUAGUUCUCAAACAGGCCAGUCAAGAGCCUGACUUCUCAAAUCAGCGGUGAUCCCCCCUCCCUUUUACCGCCCCCUCCACCACCCCCUCCCCCUAAGCUUAUUCAGCUCACUCAUAACAAAUGGGUAUCAUAGCCUGUAUCAAUAAUGGAUAACUUAACCUUUUCAUAAACUAAUAAAUUUGAGAAAAUGCGUUCAAAGUAGAGUAACGAUCAAGUUCAGUUUCUCAACAAUGACGUAUCUCCUCCCUCCUUCAACCCCCCCCCCCUUCCCAUGAAGUACAAGUCACAGUUUUGUAGUCAGUAAAGCUCCCCCCCCCUCCCCUUUCUUCAUAUUGAUCUGAAAGACCUUUCGCGGUUACUCACUGCUGGGGUCAGGAAUCAGGAAAGGAUUGAAGUUAUGUUUUUUAAGGAACGUGAUAUAGUGCGCAGUGAUGGUCGUGAUGCUCGACAACAUGGGAGGUUCAACUUUAUUUUUACCUCUAUUUCUCCCCCCCCCCCCAAAUCGAGUCCUCAACUACAGUAAUCUCUCAAUCCUUUGAUUUGUACACCGUACAAUUACAUUUUGGAUAAAACAACAACAUACUAUCAUCUGUUGUUAUUGUCAUAUUAGUUUUUCACGUAUUUCUAUUACUAAGAUUAUUAUUUUUGUUAUUAGGCUAUUAUAUCAUCGUUCCCCAUUUAACCUUAAGAGAAAACAAAAAGAAGUUAUCAAAACAAUAAGUGUCUUCUGUGUGUAAUGAUUAAAGCAAACAAAAUGUAUGUAUGUUGAAAACGUCAGUUUUGGUUCAUUCGAUGGUGGUGUACCCUCACAGUCCAUUGUUUGCUGUAAAAAAGUAGUGCUGUUGCCAUCCUGUUUGUACUUCCUUCAUUUCAAUUUUUUAUGUAUCUUUUUCAUAUUAAAUAAUAUGACAUAU